AGGCAGGCCGCUAUGGCGUCUGGAGCGCGACAGCCCGUUCAGUCAGAGGGCCGACAAACAGCCCCUCCCUCUCUGGGUCGCGCGGCGAGGGCCUGGCGCGCACGCGCACGCGCACGCUCCACCCCCCGCCCCCGCCCCCGCGCGCUGCCGCGCGCCCCCGCGUCCUUCGACCCCGGGCAGCGCGCCGCUGGCCGCUGAAGGCGGCAUGCGGGACUACGACGAGGUGACCGCCUUCCUGGGCGAGUGGGGGCCCUUCCAGCGCCUCAUCUUCUUCCUGCUCAGCGCCAGCAUCAUCCCCAACGGCUUCAAUGGAAUGUCAGUCGUGUUCUUGACGCCGACCCCGGAGCACCGCUGCCGGGUGCCCGACACCGCGAACCUGAGCAGCGCGUGGCGCAACCACAGUAUCCCGCUGCGGCUGCAGGACGGUCGCGAGGUGCCUCACAGCUGCCGGCGCUACCGGCUGGCGGCGAUCGCCAACUUCUCGGCACUGGGGCUGGAGCCGGGGCGCGAUGUGGAUCUGGAGCAACUGGAGCAGGAGAGCUGCCUGGAUGGCUGGGAGUUUAGCCAGGACAUCUACCUGUCCACCAUCGUGACUGAGUGGAACCUGGUGUGUGAGGACGACUGGAAGGCCCCACUCACGGUCUCCUUGUUUUUCGUGGGUGUGCUGGUGGGCUCCUUUGUUUCGGGGCAGCUCUCAGACAGGUUUGGUCGGAAGAACGUGAUGUUUGUGACCAUGGGCAUGCAGACAGGCUUCAGCUUCCUACAGAUCUUCUCGAAGAACUUUGAGAUGUUUGCUGUACUGUUUGUCCUUGUGGGCAUGGGCCAGAUCUCCAACUAUGUGGCAGCAUUUGUCCUGGGAACAGAAAUCCUUGGCAAGUCGGUUCGUAUUAUAUUCUCCACGUUAGGAGUGUGCAUAUUUUAUGCGUUUGGCUACAUGCUGCUGCCACUGUUUGCUUACUUCAUCAGAGACUGGCGGAUGCUGCUGCUGGCGCUGACCGUGCCGGGGGUGCUGUGUGCCGCGCUCUGGUGGUUCAUCCCAGAGUCCCCCCGAUGGCUCAUCUCUCAGGGACGAUUUGAAGAGGCAGAGGUCAUCAUCCGCAGGGCUGCCAAAAUCAAUGGAAUUGUUGCACCCUCAACUAUCUUUGACUCAAGUGAGCUACAAGACCUGAGUUCCAAGAAACAACAGUCCCACAGCAUUCUGGAUCUGCUUCAAACCCGGAAUAUCCGAAUGGUCACUGUCAUGUCCAUAAUUCUGUGGAUGACCAUCUCAGUGGGCUAUUUUGGGCUAUCCCUUGACACUCCUAACUUGCAUGGGGAUGUCUAUGUGAACUGCUUCCUGUCGGCAGUGGUUGAAGUCCCGGCAUACGUGCUGGCCUGGCUGCUGCUACAGCACCUGCCCCGGCGCUACUCCAUGGCCACUGCCCUCUUCCUGGGCGGUAGCGUCCUCCUCUUCGUGCAGCUGGUGCCUCCAGAUUUGUAUUACUUGGCCACUGUCCUGGUGAUGGUGGGCAAGUUUGGAGUCACUGCUGCCUUUUCCAUGGUCUACGUGUACACAGCCGAACUGUAUCCCACAGUGGUCAGAAACAUGGGUGUGGGGGUCAGCUCCACAGCGUCCCGCCUGGGGAGCAUCCUGUCCCCCUACUUUGUUUACCUCGGUGCCUACGACCGCUUCCUGCCCUACAUUCUCAUGGGAAGUCUGACUAUCCUGACAGCCAUUCUCACCUUGUUCCUCCCAGAGAGCUUUGGCACCCCUCUCCCAGACACCAUUGACCAGAUGCUGAAGGUCAAAGGGAUAAAGUACAGGCAAACUCCAAGCCACACAAGGAUGUUAAAAGAUGGUGAAGAAAGCUCCAAAGUGCUUAAAAGUACAGCCUUAUAACACAGCAUCCAGUGGGGGAGAAGGUGAGGAGAGGGACAGGGUCUUGUCAGAAACAGCUCGUGCUGUUGUGCAGACACUGAGCCCUUCAGCAGUGGACAUCUCCACCCUUCAUGCUCUUGCCUCUGUGUCUGACUUGCUCCUGGCUGGACACCCAGACUCAGAGGUUGCAUGUGGCCCUAGGGCAUUACCUUCCCUCCAGAGUGACAAAUUUAGAUACAUCUUAACUCCCGGAUUUGGUGGAUGGUGGACUUGGCACUCCCUAAGAAGUUAACUGUUUGCCAGAACCAAUGUGACUUGGAAGAAUAAGAGAGGCACCUGCUAAAUUUACAUCUUAAUUUCAGGCCACCUGAAAAGACUCCUGACAAAACUGGAGGUCUAAUUAUCCCCCCAAAUUUUCUCCCCAUUUCCCUCUAGUGGUGCACUUUAGAGGAAAACAAAUAAUUGCACAGAGGGUUUGCUUUCUCACACUUUCUUAGUCUUAAGGGGUAUUAAGUGGGAUUGUUGCUCCCCCAGGCAGGAGAGCACAGAUCUGGGGGAACCUAAAGGUAAUUAAUACAGAGGGAACUGAGCAGAUAAUGGAAGAAGGGCAAGUGCAUUGAUUUGUGAGUUCUGGUACCACUCAGUGUGACUACUGGGUUGACUUGUUUACAUCUGAUCAAAGCCUUGGGCUUGUCCAGGCCCAUACAAGGUGCAUCAUUGAAUCUUUUAUUCUUGUUUUCCACUGCUGUGUGAAUCACAUCUCCUAGCUACUGUGGUUUCUGAUGUAUGAUUGGAAGGAAGUGUAUCAGUGAGAAAGAGAGGCAAGCAAACUCAUCUCUUUUCUCAAAACUAUAGUGUAGAUUUUGUAUGUUUGUGUUUUGUUUGUUCAUUUGUUGUUUGUUAUGUCUUUUUCUGCUUAAGUUAUUUGCCCUUCAGAAUAGACUUUAGGGAAGGCUUGUUCUUCAGCCUCCUGGUUUGUGUCUUGUUUUUUUUCCAACCCAGAAUCACUCUGGCGAUGGCGUGCCAUUGCCCUUUGUGCAAAGAAAUCAGCCUUAGCCACAAGCACUUCUCUGAGUGCCAAAAAUGACGUCACUAUAAGAGUUCCUUUUCUGAUACCUAAUCAUGGGAAAAAAUUACAAAGAAGAAAGUUAAACUGUGUUCACAGUCUUUCAGAGUUGCUCACUUCAGUCGUGUAACAUUGGGAGAUAUUUUGUGUUCAGUGUAACUGUCUUUUAUGAUUAUGUUACCACGGUACUCCAAAAGCAGAUGCUUCACCUGGAUAAAAACCAUAUUUUUGUGAAAGCUACUGAAGUGCCUUGGUAAAUGAAGAUGUUUUAAUAAAUAAAAUGAUUUUUUAAAUAACA